UUUAUCUAUUUAAGACGAGGUUAGAAACCUUUGACCAGCGAGCUUACAGAUUUUAUAUUACUAGGACUGCUACUGUUCAGCUCUCGUGAGUUGUCCUCAGAAGUUAACGUGUCUGUACUCAUCGGAGUCUUUGGAGACUAGGAUGGAGUUUCUGUCUCUCAUUGACCUGCCCGUGACCCUUGUGCUGCUCCCGUUAGCAGGCUUCCUGCUUUACCUAUACGGAAUUUGGCCCUACGGAGUGUGGAAGUCACUGGGUGUUGAUGGACCCAAACCUUCACCUUUCAUUGGCAACCAGUAUCAGCUGGCUAGAGAGGGAGCCGAACAAUUUGUUCAGAAGUGGUCGAAGAAAUAUGGUCGCACAUUUGGCAUGUAUUCUGGGCGCGUGCCACUGCUGGUAACCACCGAUCUAGACAUUCUAAAACAAGUUCUUGUCAAAGAUUUCAACAAGUUUACAGACCGAUUUGAAAAUAUGGAGAUUGCACCACAGGAAAGUUCGUUCGAUGUUGCCCUUUACUACCGGCGCACAGUGGAAAAGAAUUCGACACAUACUCACACCUACCUUUAGUACGGGAAAAUUGAAGCAGAUGGAAUACUAUAUCCAACGUUGCUGCAUCCAGCUCACCAAAAACAUCGAGGAGACUAUUCUGAGAGGUGAAAAGAUAGAUGUUAAAAGAGUUUAUGGUGGCUACACCAUGGACGUGAUAGCGGGCACGGCGUUUGGUGUAGAAGUGAAUUCUCAGAAGGACCUGGACCAACCAUUCAUCAGAGAUGCAGGCAGUCUUUUGGCAGCCAUUACCACUGACGAGGGAUUUUUACUCACACUUUCAAAAUCCGUUCCUUUACUGAUACCGUUUAUACAAUUUUUGGUCAAAAAGUUUUUUCAACCAAGUGGAUUGAAGUCGUUCACGGGAGUCGUUCACCGCAUUAUAGAAGAAAGGAAACUGGAAGGAAAUAUAAAUCGAAAACCUGACUUUCUCCAGUUACUACUGAGCUGUGAGGAAAAGCAGACUUCCGACGGAGAGCAAAUGAAUGUUUUGUCAAGAACUGAAGUCGUCGCACAAGCAGUGGCUUUUUUCGUCGUUGGCUACGAAACGACAGCAUCCACCCUGCAGUUCAUGGCUUACCUCCUGGCGCUGCACCCAGAGGUACAGGAGAAGGUUGUACGUGAAAUCAAGGAACAGCUUGGCGAUGAGAUACCUACUCACGAGGGCGUCACAAAGCUGAAAUACUUGGACAGCGUCAUCCACGAGACACUGAGGAUGUAUCCUCCAGGCGGCUCAGCAGACAGAGUGGCAUCUGAAGAGGUCACCAUCAAAGGCAUUACAAUCCCUAAGGGCGCUGCAGUUAUGAUUCCUAUCACCAAUGUGAUGAAAGACCCGGAGUACUUCCCUGAACCUGACAAGUUCAAACCUGAACGGUUUUACGAAGGCAGCGUCGAUCCCAUCUCAUUCUUGGCAUUCGGGUAUGGUCCUCGUCUGUGUAUCGGCAUGCGUCUGUCUCUGCUGGAGAUGAAGAUGGCAAUGGUUCAUGUGCUGAGAAGAGUGAAGUUUUUGAAGACAGACGACCUACAGGAAACUCUGAAGAUCAAGCCUGGCUCACGUCUUAACAUCCCAGACCAAGUCGUUGCCAUCAGCGGUGUAAUGCGAGAAACACGUUAAACUGUCACACAUUAUAGUACUGUGUCAGGGCCUCACGUAGAAACGCUCAUCAACGGGCAUUGGAGGACUCAAUACUUUUAGAAGUAUUAUCUUAGCCAGUAAUACCCUACUUAGAAGCAGGUAUUGGAAAGAAAAAACUAUUGAAGACCUCUGUGAUUACCUGAUGGACAAUUGGAAGUUGAAAGCUUAAACAAUUUAAUGUUGAAACCAGAUGUUUAUCUUCUGAUCGGAAAUCAUUUCAUGAGGACUGCGAUUUCGUUGUGUAAGACUCCUAAUAGAAACUCACAUUUUCUGUCAUGUAAGUAAAAGCAUUUUUGGCAGUAUAGAAGCAGAAUAGUCUCUUGAUUUGGGUGGCUAUGACACUAAUGCAAUGAUCAAAGAAAUUAAUGCUCUGUUAACCCCAUCUCCUGGACAUUUGGUUCUGGCCCUCGUUUGUGCACCGGCAUGAGUCUGGCUGAGCUGGGGAUGAACAUUGCUUUUGUUCACGUGCUGAGGAGAGUGAAGUUUAUCAAAACGGAUGAUCUGCAGAUGAGAUGCGACAAACAUGAACCAGUCUCAUCUUUCUUACCUUGCGAGCUCUACAAAGAUAAAUUAAUUAAAAGAUAAAAAGAAAAAUAUAUAUUUAUAAAGAAAAAAUCUGAAGCGUAGGUUUAACAAUGAUUUACAUAAACCAUGGUCUUUUGAGAUAUUUUUGGUGUAAAGUACAGAUUAUUAGAAAGUUAGUUUCCACUACUUCUGAUCGCUUCGAUAAGACAUGCAUAAAUGUGUGACCUUUUGUACUGGUCUACAAGAAAUCAUAAAUAUCAAGCCUGGUUCGCUUUUUAACCUCCCAGAUCAACUCAUUGCCAUCAAUUGUGAAAUGUGAGACACAGCCGACAUACCUUAGAGUACAGUUAUGGGGCUUUUAAUAGGAAACUCACUGCAACGGAUUUAUUACUUCUUGAAGCGUUACUCGUAGAGUGUAAUGCAGUACUAACAGUCAGGAAUCGGAAAGACUAUUUACAGACUACUUCGGGUACUGUCCUACGAAGACGAAAAAUUCGAGGCUUAACUCAUUAACCUUUUGAAAUCAAAAGCUUACUUGAUGAUCAAAGUACAAUUCCGGGCUGAUAAUACGAAGUGUGUGAAAUUAUUAUCUUUACAGUUAUGAGAUUACCAAAGGAAGGCGUAAAAUCUGUGUAAUAUUUAUACAAAAAUAUUUGUACACUUUUGUAAAAACUCAGUCCGUGAAAACGAGUAAUAUACAGAUAACUUGGGAUUUAGAAAAAUAUUGUUGAAUAAUUUUUUUAAAUCAGUUCACUGCAAUGGGUAACUAAUAUAUAGUUAACUUGUUAUAUAUGUUGUAGUAUAAUUCUAUUAAGAAUUAAUGCACUGAACAUAUUUAUUUUAAUUGUUGUUCAAUACAUUUGAAAUGUUAAGAAUUUCAGUUACUUCAUGUUAUUGCUCACAAAUAAAUUUGUAUAUAUC